GCUUUUAGGAUAUCAGAUCAGCAAAUAUGAAUACGAAGAAGAAGAGAAGAGCAUCGCAAUAAAUACCGCUGUACAACCGCGUCGAUCGGAGGUGUCUAUCGAUAGGCGCGGCGUUGCCACCCCCAGCGAGGCAAUGCAUAUCGAUAAGCCACCACCAACAAUGCGUGCGCAGUAUGACCGUACUUGCAAAAACAAAGACUGUGGCAACAACAAUAUUUUCUGCUCAAAGUAAACAAAAGCAAAUAAUUUACGGAAAUCAAGGAAAAUCUGGGGACAUGAGCAACAGCGAGGACUCGCAGCAGUAUCUGAACGACAUGAUGGUCAAGGAGGAGGACGAGGCGUCCGGUGACGAAUCGGACAAACAGGACGGAGGGAUUAUGCUGCGGGAGCAGGACCGCUUCCUGCCCAUCUGCAACAUCAUCAAGAUCAUGAAGGUGCCGGUGCCGCAGAACGGCAAGAUUGCCAAGGACGCACGCGAGUGCAUCCAGGAGUGCGUCUCCGAGUUCAUCUCCUUCAUCAGCAGCGAGGCCAUCGAGCGCAGCGUGGCCGAGAACAGGAAAACAGUGAACGGGGACGACCUGCUGGUGGCCUUCAGCAAUCUGGGAUUCGACAACUACGUGGAGCCGCUGUCCAUUUACCUGCAAAAGUACAGAGAGUCCAACAAAUCGGAUCGCAAUCUCUUUCUGGACGCCAGUUAUCCGCAUAGCGAGGAUGCAUCCUCCACAAGUGAGGCGGGAAAGCACUAGCACCUGGUUUCCCCACCCUGCUAGUUAAGUUUAGAUAUAGGUAGUUCCGACAGUAAAAUCUAAUUUUUAGUUUAAUUCAAAGUGCUUCUUUAAAAACUCGAUGCUUAGUUCAUAUUUAAAGUUUUUAAACUAACGCUUACAGGCAUACUUUUAUUUUUUAUCUACACCAUCUAUAAGAUUUUGAAAUAAAGUUGUAAACUUGGUUUUUAAGUUAA